GUUUCCUUCAUUUUAUAUUGGUAUUCUACGUUAAGUUCAUUUCUUUAAAUCUUUAAAACGAAGACCAUUUCAAAAACUUCAUUCUCAAUCUCCUAGGAUGCCUACAAUUUUUCAACCAUAAAAGUUCUCCGCGGAUUAUAUAGACUGAUAUGUUAACACAUUAGGGAACCUGGUCUUCUGUAACCUCUGUUUAACAGUUACUAAAAAACCCUGAAAUUUAUGGAAAAACAUGGAUUAUUGCUUGAAAGAAAUCUAUAGAUAUGCUAAAGCCAGAUUUUUUGCUGUUAAUAUUGUGUGUUAUCUGACUGCUUUUUUUUCCAAUGCAACACAUUUUGCUGUGAUAGGAGCUGAAUAUGCUGCGUAUUCAAAACUGAAUUUAGCAUUUUUAGCCGCUGCAAGGAUUAUUUUAACUAUCGUAACGUCAAUAACCAUUAAUUUCAUGCUGCCUAAAGCGAAAGAUUAUUCUGCAAGCAAUAUAUGUUGGAGGCAUGUAUUGAUAGAUUGUUUUGCAAUAAUUACAUCUUUCUCGGCUCCAUAUUACCUUCUGAAGUGUAUUCUUACUGUAAUUGUUUUUGGAUUGCCCUUUUUCGUAGGGGUAUGUCUAAUGAGCAAAUUUUACAGUAUGAUCAACCACAGGGAGAGAGAUGAACCUUUUUAUUCUUCGCCUCAUCGACGAACAAGAUCGGGACAAAUAUUUAUGGAUUUUCCUUCGCGUAUGUCAACAAGAAAGAAGCGUGAUAACAGAGCAAGCAGAAGAAACUAACGUUCUACAACAAAUGACCAAGCCAAAAGCCAUAACCACAGUAUAAAGAACGCAUUAAUUACUUAAAAAAAUACUGACAGCUACUGACAAAUAAAUUAUAAGCAAUAAAAAUUUUCAAGAUUUUAAAGCAA